GCUUUCCACUCUGGAUCAGUGGCCUUCUUUGUGGAGGUUCUCCACAGAUAUGUUGCUGUAAAAAACUCAGAAAAGGACCGCAACCUAUACUUGGUGAGCGACAAGCGGCAAGCAGCCCUAGAUGAUGAGCUGUCAGCAAUGAACCUUGUGCCAGAUCGACGGGGUCCUGGAGGUGGCUGGGCAGGUGGAGGGGGUGGCCAUGCCCACUGGAGCAAUACACAACAACGGGUCUGGGGUUUCUUCAACAACCUGAAGCGAGACCCAUACACCACCACCAUUAGCACCCUCUCCAAAUUUUAUGAUGCUGUUUUGUAUAAUGAUGUUGAAGGAAGUGUCAGAGAAAGUGACUGUGAAGAUGAUGUUGCUGAACUGUUUCAUAGUUUAAAUGGCUUUGAGGAUCUGGAGCCAGGGUAUGAGCUCUUGACAAAGAAGGGCACUCUGUCAGAGCGCCCCAGUGUCGACCGUCUGGCCCCGAUAACACAUGAUGAUUUCCAGCAGUUUGUGGAUGAUGAUGGCCGUGUCUUGGAAGUACAUCAGUUGAAACAGAGGAUAUUCAAAGGGGGUAUCCACCCAAAUUUGCGGCGUGAGCUUUGGUGCUAUCUGCUAGGCUACAGUGAGUGGAAUGGGACCUACAUUCAGCGUGAGGAGAGGAAAAGGGAGCGAGAGAACUACUAUUUCACCAUGAAGCAGCAGUGGAAGACCAUAAGUGAGGACCAAGAGAAUCGCUUUACAGGUUUCAAAGAACGAAAGAGUCUCAUUGAGAAGGAUGUCAAUCGAACAGAUCGCAAUCACCCUUUCUUUGAGGGUGAACACAAUCCCAAUGUCACACUCCUUCAUGACAUCCUUAUGACAUAUGUGAUGUAUAAUUUUGAUUUGGGAUAUGUACAAGGCAUGAGUGACCUUCUUGCUCCUAUCCUCUAUGUGACACAGCAUGAAGCCACAGCUUUCUGGUGUUUUGUUGGUUACAUGAACAUGGUGUACCGAAACUUUGACAUGGACCAGUCUGGCAUGAAGCAGCAGCUGAUGGAUGUCCACCAGAUUGUGCGAGUUGUGGAUCCAGAGCUCAUGUCCUAUCUGGAAGUGCGAGACUCAGCCAACUUUUACUUCUGCUUCAGGUGGCUCCUGGUUCGAUUUAAGAGGGAACUGAAUUAUGCCAACACCCUAAGGUUGUGGGAGGUUUUAUGGACUGGCCAACCUUGUCCCAACUUCCACUUACUUGUUGCGGUUGCCCUCCUAGACACAGAGAGGAACACCAUCAUGGAGAACAAAUUUGGCUUCACUGAAAUCCUAAAGCACAUCAAUGACAUUUCAUUACGGAUAGACUUAGAAGCCACUCUCAAGAAGGCAGAGGCAAUAUACCGCCAGAUCGCAUCGUCUCCAAAUGUGCCAGACAGUGUGCGAACUGUGCUUGGACUCCCAAAGCAGGAGAAACCUAAGGCAGCGCAGCCACAGCAGACAACCAAAAAGGGUACUGAUGCUGAAGCCCAACCAGAAAGUAACAUCAGUAGUGGCGAAGGAACCGUAGCUACAGAUGGAGGUGGUGGUGGCCUGGUGAGUGUUGUGAGCAGCAUGAUUGGCUCAGCUGUGCGACACCUGAGUGGGGAUGACCUGAGCAUUGUUACACUGGAUGGGGCUACUGAACAUGAGCAGGAGAAGCAGUUUGAGGCAGCACUCAGCCAUCAGUUCGUGUAGGGUAUUAAGGCUGCCAAAAACACUUUGGUAUAAGUAAAAGAGCUAAAGCAAAUGCACUAUUUGAACACAUGUUUAUAUGUAAAUAUGAAGAUUUUCCAGUGAUAUGUUUUUCACAGUGGACUUUUUUUCUCGGACAAUUUUUUACAUGUAUUGUAUAGGAUAUUGUAACUAUGAAAUUGACUGAUGUACUUUUGUGAUGAGAGAAACUACUGUGACAUAACUUUACUUGUAUUCUUUUAUGGUAAAAAGAAAGACAGGAUGAAUGAAAGUAUAGA